UGGGGCAGAGUAGAGCUCGUCGCCAAAGCGCGCUGUUUCUCUUACCUCAGGUUUGCGAGUGUAGACUAGCUUUUAGGAGUGAGGAAAGGAGGCGGUCAUCCAACAAUGUCCGGUGAGUCAGUCCAGCCUCAGGCUGGUCCCUCUUAUAUUGGGUUAGAUUUUCCGUACCCUGAGCCAAAUCGGGCUGGCAUCGUCCCGGGGGGCGUGAUCCGAAGGGCUGCCCCAGCGCCCAAGUCCUGGAUCCAAAAGGUUCUUGACCAAAUAAUCGGCUCACCACGGCAGUGGGUGACCCCCUCAGAGGUGGUACCUGUUACUGUGCUGGCCGUCCAAAGAUAUCUGUUAGAGGAUGAGCCACGGGACAUAAUGCCCAACCUUCCUCUUUACUGCUAUGAUGUGACGAUCUCAGACGGCGUUUACCAGGAGAAGUGCUACCUGGACCCCAGCUUAAACUUUCUCAUUUAUCAAAAUAUUCUUAAAGUUGGCAUAGAAAUGAGAAUUUCCAGAGUUUCCUGUGUUUACAAUGAGAAAAGAUUAGGCCAGGGCAUCCUGUGCAUAGAUAACGUUCACUGUGGGGAGACCUUAGAUACAGUUUAUGUAGAAACUCCCUUCAGAAAUAGAGCGCACGGGGAGAAACCAGAGAGGCCUUUAAGAGGCGGGAAGAGUCAUUACCUGGCGCUCUGGAAUAACGAAGACCCAUAUGGAGACAUCUGGUUAACCAACAAGCAGCCUGCCGAAUACAAUUUUAGCGACACCAAAAUAAUUUCCCUUUCUCACCUUGAAACGACCUGGUUUAACAGAAGAACUUUUCCUGCGUUGCUUGUGAGGAUCUUGCAGAAAUCAAAACUGCGAUACUAUGGGAAACCUGAUAAAAAGAUGAUUGAACCAUACCAGACCUUUUUGGAAGUUGCUGAUAGUUCAGGCACGGUGUCAGUGAUUAUGUGGAAUACCCUGUGUCCUGAAUGGUAUAAAAGUUUGCAUGUUGGUUUAGUGCUUCUGCUCCAAGAUUAUUCUGUUAAAAAGAGUUAUCCAUUCAGGAUGCCACCUCUCCCUGCGGAUCCACAGAUCAAACUGAUUACUACAAUGGAAAUAUGCCUGAAUCUUCGAGAUCCUCCAACAAAUAUAAUGAUCAUUCCAGAAAGGCAGGUGAAACCAGAAUGGAGAUUGCCAAAAUUAAAUCACCGAUUUAUCACAAGAUCAGAACUGGAUGAUAUGCCAGAAAAUCGUAUCUGUGAUGUUAUUGGCUUAUUAGUUUUUGUAGGAAGAGUCCAGCGGUCAAAAAAGAAAGAAAGCCGUGAAGAUUAUUGGUCUUAUCGCUGGAUUCACAUCAUUGACGGAACUUCAGAGCUACCAUUUAUAGUGGAGCUGUUUUCUACAUCUCAGCCAGAAAUCUUUGAAAAUAUUUACCCAAUGUCAUAUUUUGCGUGUACACAAUUGAAAGUUGUCAGAAAUGACACUCAAACACCCAAGCUGCUUUACCUCACCACUACAAAUGAGAGUCGCGUGUUUAUUACUGGUCAUAGAGGCCAGCCAUAUACCUACGAGGCCAAGGUCAAAAACUUUAUUCAGUGGAUUAAAACAAAGACCGAGUCUGGGGAAGUGAAGAAUACCGUAAUUGGUGGCUAUUACCCCUAUCCACCAGUGCCAGAGACAUUUUCCAAGUAUAGUAGUUCUGUUACAGUUGAGUCGCUCUUGACAGCUAUGAGUGAAGUGAAGAAGGAGAUUGAAGACUUGCAGUAUAGGGAACAAAAGCGCAUUGCAAUUCAGGGGAUAAUUACUGUUGUAAAGUUUAUCCCCCAUAGCAGUGCAACGGAAAGUGCUACAGCAUCAGAAACACUUUGGAAUAUUAACCGACCUUCCACAUCUCAUGAUGAUGAACCUAUGAGUUUUCAGUCUUUUCAAAAUGCAUCUACAAGUUUGAUUACAAGCAACAAAGUAAGAGUUCUUCAAGGCCCAAUUGCUAAACCAGUUAUUGUGACUCACCCAGAAGCUUCUCUACAAACAAAAGGAAAUAGAAACUUGUGCAGGCCAAGCAUCUUUCAAUAUCGAGAUGGUGCAGUUUCUGUUAUCCAACUGAAAGGCAGAAGAACUAUAAAUGAGAGGUGGGAGAGUCAGCUGUGGAGAGAAAAAAAGUUUGGCUUAAUAGAGCACCUGCAUUACAGCAAUGUUUAUCCAGAAAGCAUUCCCCGGAAAUUUAUUUUGGAACACAAAAAGUUUCUUAUUGAGCAGUAUAAUUCUCAGCCUGCAAAAUACAUACCACCAGAAGGAAAGCCCCCGAAACUUGAUGAUUUUAAGAGUGCUCGAACCCUUGGACAUUUUGAAGUAACCAUCCUAGGUCUGAACCAUGAGAUUGCAAUUGAUGUUGCAUUCCUACCCAUGUAUAGUCCAGAAGAUCUGCGAACAUCUCAAAUCGACACAUUGCUAACCAGCAUGAAUUACAGCUGUGUAUAUCCACAGGAAGUAGCCAACAAUGACCGACUGCCAGGGCCAAGAGCUGUUGCCAGUGAUAUUAUAAAAGCAGCAGCUGAACUGGAUAAAGUACAUAUCAUCGGUAUCUUGGAUAUCUGCAAUUUGGGUAACAAUAAAAUGGAAGUGUGUUUGCAGAAAAUUUAUAGGCCUGAGAAUACUUAUUAAAAAUUAAAAAAUGAGAUUAUUACAGAUUAUAAAGAGAGCUCUGCUUUAAAGAUACUGUUUCAUUUUCUUGGUAAUUUCAGUAACUGCUUUUAGCAAAAAUAUUACAUGAGCUCUGAAGUGAUGUGAUUUUAUGUUCAUCUUGUAUUUGGAGCUGACACACUUCAUUUUAGAUUCAUUGUUGAAAAAAGUCAUCUGAAUAAUUUCUGUGUAUCAGGAAAUUUUCCUUACUCUAUAUAGCUAUUAUCUUGACUUGUAACUCUUUAUGUUCACUGUUCCCUUUGUGAAAUGUACUUUUAUUCUAAAACCUCAGUAUAAGGCAUCCUAACUUACAAGAGUAACUUUUCUUCGAGAUAUUAGAUCCUUCCAGUUUUAUUCACACAUACUGGAAAAUUUUGAAUUGCCAAUUUGAAGAUUAAAUUCUCCUAGUGUGGUCAACCUGCAUUUCUUUCUAGAUUUCUAGCUGAAUUGUCAUGGUCCAAUUGCCCCUGGUCUUUUGUUUUGUCAGUUAUAAAAUGAAUGUGCUGAAUUAAAUUGUCUUAAGUUUUUUUCACCCCAUAUUGUGGCUUUGUAUGUUUUGAAUAUCUCAGUGUUUUUACCAGCGUGUUGAUACGUUAAAGCCAGAGGCUGCAGUAUCCAUUUUUGCUGUAUCCAUUUGUAGUUUCAGUAUAUGUAAUGUAAGUUUAAAUAGUUAAAUUUUAUCUCAUACUAACAUUUAAUGUGCUCAUAUUGAAAGUGGAAAACAUUAACUAAAGACAUUGAUUUUAAUUUGGUUGUCUAGAAUACUUCAUUUUAAAUGUAAAUGGCCACUGCACAUGUGAGGCCCUGUGGUUGACAUCUAUGUAAUUUGUUAGAUGAACUAAAAUGACCAUCAGAUGAAUUCAAUUUGAUUCUACUUAAGCUGUUAACUUGUGAGAUUUUCUUGUAGCCAUAUAGUUCUGUGACUUCAUUUGCUAUCUACAUUUUAAAUGUGUUGGCAGUCUGCAAACCUAAAGAUUGCAAUUUGUUCAUGAUUGAGUUAUCUUUUAUUCUUUAUAAUUGUAUUAAAUAUUAAUUAAAACAAUUGAUUCUUGUCGUGUUACAGUAUUGGGUAUGUUAUUAAAGUUAAAAUGCAAUAACUUUUU